AUGGAAAACUCUCCCAAAGAUCUGUCCGUCAUCCGUAUCCAGGCGCAGGACCCCGACUUCACCGCCAUGCCCGGUCGCCUUAGUUACCGCAUCACCGCCGGCAACCCACAGAACUUCUUCUCCAUCAACUCCAAAACAGGUCUGAUAACAACAACAUCGAGGAAACUGGACAGAGAGCAGCAAGCAGAGCACUUCCUAGAGAUAACGGUUAUGGACAGUCCGGUAAUGUCCCGUCUCUCCACUGUGUGGGUCAUAGUCCACAUCCAAGAUGAAAACGACAACAUCCCCACAUUCACCGAGUCCGUCUACCGGAUCAGCUUACCGGAACGCGACCGGAACAAGCGCGGUGAUCCCAUCUAUCGGGUGUUUGCGUCUGACCUCGACCUGGACACCAACGGCAACAUCACAUACAGUAUCGUCGGGGGUAACGAUGAUGAGAAGUUCAGCAUUGACCCGCUGACCGCAAUGGUGUCGUCACACAAGAUGGUCACGGCAGGAAGCUACGACAUCAUCACCAUAAAGGCCCUAGACGGUGGAAGCCCUCCUCUAUGGUCUACAGUAAAGCUCCAUAUGGUGUGGGUCCGUAAGCCUGUUCCCUCUCUGCUGCCGCUGGUGUUCUCCCAGCGCUACUACAACUUCUCCGUCUCUGAGGCCACAGCUGUAGGUCAGCCUGUAGGACUGGUGUCUGUACGACAGACAGACACACCGCUCUGGUUUGACAUCAUAGGAGGGAGGUUAUCCAGGGAGGUAUUCUAUAUACCUAAAUACAUCUGUGGGAGGAACUGCUCAUCUGAAGCAGAGGGGAGCUACGACAGUGGCUUUGACUUCCAGCAGGGCACUGUGGGUACUGUGGUGAUAGCCAGGCCGCUGGACGCUGAGGGUCAGUCGCUCUACAACCUGACGGUCAUGGUCACUGACGGUACCAACACAGCUAACACACAGGUCUUCAUCCGUGUUCUUGACAGUAAUGACAACCCUCCCGUCUUCUCUCAGCCUACAUAUGACAUUAGCGUGUCAGAAGACAUGCCAGCCGACACAGAGCUGUUGCGUGUGCGAGCGUCAGACGGUGACGAGCGUGCACGUCUCAGCUACUCCAUCCACAGUAGUGUAGAUCCAGCCAGUAUGAGGCUGUUCAAGAUUAACCCUGGGACUGGAGUGGUCUACAGCGCUGACCGACUGGACUACGAGGCUAGGACACAACACAUUCUAACCAUCAUGGUAUGA